AUGGGCGGAAAGGGGAAGUCCAAGGGCCGCGGCGGUCGCACGCCGCGCGAGCGGGCCGGUCAUGAUGAUCGUGAGUCCGUUCAGAAGCCGGAAGAUGCUGUCGCCGAUCGUGUCCCCAUCGCCGAGCGCGGUGUGAAGGGCGCUAACCGGCGUGGCAAGCAUAACAAGAAGAAGGGAGCCAAGGACGCCAACGACGGUCGUGAUGACGCAGGACAGGCCACCGACAAGAGAAUCGAGAAGGGGGCCAAGAAGAAGCGUCUUCGCGGCGGAGGCUCUAAGGCAAAAGGACAAGAUGGUCAUGAUGAUGAGGCGCCAGCGGAGGCCAUUCCAGCCUUCGUGCACAAGAUGGAGAGCAUGUUUCACACGGACUUCACGGUUACUUCUAGUCCUGGGAAACGCUGCGUUUUCUUUUCGGAGUCGCAGUUCUUCAAGGCGCGCUCGAAGGGCUACAUCUCGGCCGCCCUGGACUGUGACAAGUCCCAUCAGACGGCGCUGAGUCCCUUCCCGCUCAUCAUCAACGAUCUGACGUAUGUUGUGAUCUUUCUCCGGCUCAACUCCAUCAAAUAUGAUCUUACUAAGAUCAUUGGCCUCGCCCCGUUCUUCAACACGGGCCGGGACAUCUUCGCAUCGACGAAGGAGACGGUCGCCUUCGCUGCUCGCACCAACUUGUGCCAGGAUGUUCUGGCGUAUUUGGGUGCGUCAGCGGGCGGGGACGGUAUCGUCACCUAUCCAUGCGGCGGAUACCUCCACAAGCCGGCAGCGGAGCCAUCGCAAGCGCAGAUCGACAGUAUCGACUGGGAUGACUACAACACAUAUCGCGAUUUGUACGACAUCUUCGCGAACCCUCCACAUGGGCUCACCUCGGAUAACUACUUCCUGCGCGAGAGGCUCUCAUUCCAGCAGUUCUUCUAUUUGCUGCUGUUUGGGGCCUGGCUCGACGAUGAUCUCUGGUCUGAUGCCCUGGAGUAUGUGUGUGAAAUGUAUUACGGUGUCGACCCAGCGGACUCCAUCCUAGUGCGGCAGCUAGCGUACCUGGAGAGCGUGUAUAACAGCGCUCUUUCCCCGGACGCCACGGCUGUUUUGGACCGCAUCUUCUACAGUGCUGAGCGGCCCGCUGAUUCCUGGAAACAAGAAUUCAUGCGGCGCGCUCUCCGCGAUCCAUCCUACUACAUCGCGGGCGCGAACGCGGAGCAGUUGCUGAUGAACGCGAGCGGGAGUACCUGUCUCGCAAUCCGCCUCGACUACGGUGCGGACAUCAAAGAGUGGAAGGGCUCGCCAGGUCCGGCGAGUGUUUCCGGCAUCACGGAUUACUUCAACGACGAUUCCGACGUGUCGAACGCUUUCCUGGCCACGUUGCAUUACAACUUCGUGCCAGGGACGCUCUUCUUUCCGACUGCGUUCUCAAACUUCAGUUCGGACCUCUUGAAUGUGAACAGCUCCAUUGACAAUUUCUUGGUCGACCGCGCCUUCCAGGGCACCUGGCCCGGCGGGAAAGUUCUCGCUCGGGACACGUUCAUGCAGGACGUAAUGCUCAGCGUGCUCCGGGAGGCAAACGACAAGGCGUACAUCACGGCGCCG